GAGUGGCAGCACUUAUCUAUACUAUAUAUACUGCAGUCCGUAUCUCUUUCAGAACUAAGGACUAUUUGAUCUUUUCAGCUGUACUAUUCGAACUGCCACAUUGAGCAAAAUGGCCUUUACCUCCAAGUUAAUCGUUCGUGCUUUGUCGACGUCUGCAGCACAUUUCAAUUCAAUUAAAACAGUAACAGUCAUUGGCAGUGGAUUGAUGGGCUCUGGCAUUGCACAAGUAUGUUUUUGUUUGUUGUUACUUUCUACAAAACAAGAUUUGUAUAGUACCUGAGACCUGACCAAACAAGAACUUCUGAAGCGAUACUUAAAAAUCACUCUCAUCGGACUUUGACCUCGACCAGUACUGCAAUAAUCAAUAUACAUAUAACCUUUGGAUCCGAACAUUUUUCAUAUCAUCUUAAUCAUUAAAUCAUUAAAAGAAAAUACAGUAAGUAUAAUACCACACAGUCACCAACUGUCUGUUACAGUUGCCAGUUGCAGUAUAAUGAUGAAGUAUGAUUAUGUCAUCUAAAGAAUAAAUUUUUACAAUGAUUCAUGAAAGCCUACUUUUGAAGCUUAAACUUGGUUUAAGUUUUAGUCUUAAUCAACUUAAUCAGUUGUAAUUUAAGUUUAAGUUUAAGAGUCCACUAAAAACUAAAAUGUCCAAGACUAAAUUUUCAAACAUAAACUUAGUAGUUAAUUACUUUAACUUAGACUUAGACUUAAUAUAAAAUUAAAAGCAUUUGUUGCUUGUAUUCAAAUUAACUUUUAAUUUUUAUUUUUAACUUUAUUAAGUUAAAGUUUAUCAGAGCUAAGUGAAAAUUGUUAUAAGGGGACAUCCAUAAAUGUCAUGCGUCUGGGGAGGUUGUCAGAUUUUUGUGACAAUGUGUGACCAGGGAAAGGGGGGCCUCAAGCAAUGUGAUGCCACAUGAAAAGCGGAAUAUUGUAGUAAAGUCUUUGCUCUUAAUAAUCCUAAAUUACAGACAUUUUUAACAUUCUUUUAUACAAUUAUUUUAUUUUUAAACUACUGUCACAGAGAUAAUCAGUCCAGGUAUGUGAGGUUUGAGAAAUGGCCUCUGAUCAAGUUACAGGAUACCAAGGAGGAGGAGAAUCGAGAUGUAGUUACAAUGAAAGUCGUGAGAAUUUAUGGCUUAAUGUGGACACGGGAGUCAUAGAAUUAGGACUUCCAUGUGAAGUGGGAUGGAACAAAAAAAAUGGUUGACGGGUGGGAGGUGGGGUGAUCUUAGUAAAUGCUCUAGAACAGGGAUUCUUAACCUUUUUUGCAGCGCUGCAAGUCCACUCCUUUUUAAACAACCAACACCGCCCCCCCCCCCCCUACCAUAAAAAUUAUAUUGUAAUAAAAAUAUUUUUGUUAUCGUAGUUUUAUUUCUUUGAUUAACUUUUUAUAUACAAGGGGAAAAAUUACCAAUACAACCCAUGCGCCAACAAAAUUUAAUAGAAAAACAUUUAGAUAAAUAUAGCUUCCUGUCACAUACAAAAGUUCCCGAACCCAUACAAAAGUUACCAAACACUUUAUUUGGCAUUGAACCAUGGUAAAAAAAGUGUGUUUCUGACCUUAUUUUAAGCAAACCAAAUUAUUGACGCAUUACAAUUGGAAAAUUUCGUGUCAUCUGUUAUCUUUUUAAGAAAUUCAGUUAGACAGAGUAAUGUUUGCUUUGUAAAUAUUCAAUUUUUCAAUUUUGUGUCACCCCUUGAGAUGGUGUCACCUGGUGCAGUCCACACUCCCCUAGCUAAGCCACUAAAUACAAUUUUCUGGUCUUCCACACCUCAGGACUCGGGAGCAGAGGCGUAGCGAGAGUGUUUGGCACCCGAGGACAAGAUUGGCGCCCUGGGACAAUAUUCAUUAAAAAACGCUCCCUUUUCUUUUUUCAACUCUCAAACCCAUUAUUUUCAUCAAUAAAAUAAUAUCAAAGCACAUUUUGGCGCCCCUAACUAGCUGAUGCCCGGGGACAUCUGCCACCCCCCCACCCCCCUUUCGCUAUGCCUCUACUGGGGAGGUACUUUUACCCCUGGUUAAGAACCACUGCUCUAGUGAAAUGUCUAUGACACAGGUGCAGUAAUUUGAUAUCCACGGGAGGUGAAUUUCUUAAGGGUUUGUAAAGGACAGUUGUGGACACAGGGACUUUUUAUAAGGGGGGGUGUGCAGAGAUUUGCGUCGUUAUAUUUGAGGGGGGUCAAAAACCUUCAAAAUUUGCGUGACAUCAUUUAUCGAUGGCCCCUAAAUUUAAGCUUCGGAUGGCCCAAGUAUUGCUAUAGGCAUGUGCAUAACCCUUAGGCAGGGGCCUUCCAUAGACUAAAAAUCAGUGAAUUUCAUUUCUAUUUAUUUUAAAAAUCUAUAAAAAUAUCACCACAAUGUUUUGUUAUUCUUGUUGUACUGUUGCUUUAUGUUUUAAAAACAAAUAAUUAUUGAAGGUCUGUGUUCAAGCUGUGUGAAUGAAAUGGUAAAACAAGGUAUGUGGAAGCUUAAAUAGAAAGACAGGACAAUAAAAGAAGAACGUUUCAGUUGAGGAUAGCUCUUAGCCGAAACUUUGUUCUUUUAUUGUCCUUUCUUUUCUGUUCAAGCCUUGUUCUGCUAUUUAAAAAAAAUAACUUGCUAAAUAUAGCAAGAGUAAUGUAUUUAUCCAAUUGUUAUUGAAACUUUAGUUCACUCUACAUAUGUUUCUGUGCCGGUUAGGUAAUUUGUGACAUAAGUUCGGCUGAACCAAAGAGCUCCAGGCGGAGAAAACCCUCAACUUAAUUAAAAUUUUUUUUUUACAACAGUGUUUCCCAACCUGUUUUCCCCAUGCUGCACUUCAGCACCCUUUUAAAACUUAAAUAUACAUUUCCUUUCUCAGAGAAUAAAUGUCACCCCACAAUUUUCAAAUGGCUUCCCUGUUUAAUCUACACCCCACUGUGGGAACACUGAUUUACAGGGACUUUGUUAAACUGUCAUGCGCAUCAUAAUUGUUUUUAAAGAAAUUGACAUUUAUUUGGAGGGGGUGAACGCUAUUUUUUUUCAAGUGUCUUAUCUCAAUAAUUUUUUACUACAUGUAUUACUAUUUACUUUUAUUAUUCAACAAAACUGUUGCAUUGGGAUUGUCAUGAUUUUUUGUUUUUGGUUGGGAAAUGUUUGAAAAAGUAUUGGUUUAUUUAAAAAACAAAAUAGUGUUAGUAUUAGUAAUAGUAUAUCAUCAUCUAUAUAUGGGGUGGAAAAUUGGAACUUUUACCUUUUCCACUUCUGUGGAGUUGGAUAAAUGGUUUCCGAAAGAGGAACUAAUCAGUAAUGCCCAUUGACAAUUAAUUAUUCCAGGUUGUAAUGUUAUGCAAUGUGAGGAUCUCUCUCUUAAAGUAAUAUUAAUAAUGUAGGUAUCCUUAUGAGGAUACUAUUUGGUAUUUAUUCAAUGACAAGAUAAUUUAUAAAUUAUUUGAAAGCAGUUGCUGUGUAAGGUUUUUGUGGAGAACAUUACUGAAAAAUUAUUUGUUUAUAUUUUUUUAUAAAACCAAAUAUUCAAUAUCAUCUGUGGCUCAAGUCUACAACUAGAUCUAAGGCAGAGGCGUCUCAAGAACUGGUGACUCAUAUUGUUUUGUCACCCCCUUUGGACCCCCCACUGGAACCUACACCAACAAUUCUAAACCAGAUCAUAGUAUUGUCUCUAAACUAAUUCCUAAAGAAACAAAGGAUAUAUAAAGAAAACAUAAAAUUUGAGACAACCACUACCAUGGUAGAUUGCCAACAGUUCUUUACAAAUUUAUAAGCUUGAAACCACACAUGAAGUCACAAACAAUCAUGUCAUGAGAAAUAAUUGCAGGUUUAAUGAGAUGAUUGGCAGAGCUUCAAGGAUGGCUAAUUCGGCUAAGAAUUUAAAAAGUUUAAACAUUGACCAAUCUUUGUCUUCUUUGAUAUCACGAUCUGCUGAUGCUUUCAGGUGCCUCACCAGCCUUGGUAUUUCUAAUGAAAGUUCACUUUCAGAUAACUCAUCAUAGAAAAUGGUCAGUUGGAGGAUAGACUCCAGUCCAGUGCUGUCUUAAGGCAUCGACACACUGGACACUUGCCGAUUGCUUCAUACCUCUAGAGAGCCUCACACCUCUAGGGAAUAUCACACCUCUAGGGGGCCAUCAUGCUUUUAGGAGCAUUAUGCUGCUGAUAUUGUGAAUGAAUAUUGCAAUAUUUUUUUUUUGCAAUUUAAUUUGCUAUCAAAGUGCAGUGGGAAGACCAUUGUUGACUCCACAUAAAAUAUGCCAGCUUGAAACAAUAGUCCUGCAGACAGUCCCUCACCGUAACUGCCAGCCUUUAAACAAUAGGCCUACAGAAGUCCUACAGCCAGUCUAUACUUGUGGCUCUUUAUUGAUUGAUCUAAUAGUUGACUCUGAAAAAAAUUAAACCCUUUUGUGUGAGUUCAACCAUCACAUAUGGCGCUCGCCGCUUGACAGACUUGGUCCCCACUCCCAUAGUGACGCCACUAAUGAAGGGUCUCAAACUUCCUGAAGAUGAUUCAAGGGCUCAUGGCUACAACACACUUAUACAUCAAUAUUAAGUAUUUCUUAUAACUAUGUGUACAGUGAUUUUUGUGUGUGUAUACUUAGAUGCCUGCAUAUAGGUAGCAAGUUUUAACUGAGAAUAAAUGUGGUUAUUUAUUACAUUUUUUAUAAACCUUCACUGUAUAGAAGAAAAAAGCUGGACUUGCACUUUUCGGAAAAUCAAAGGUCUUGGACAGUAUUUUCCAUACCAGUUUAGUCAGUCUUCUGUUUUAACCAAGUGAACGUAUUUGUACUAAUUCAUAGAUGUAGGCCUACCAGUUCAAAAUAUUGAUUAUAAUUGACUGAAUACUCUUGGUUAUAAUAUCGGACAUUGUUUCAUCUUACAUACCUUUUAAGAAAAAUUAUCUUCCCCUACCGGUAUGCUGGAAAUGAAGCAAAGUAGUACUAAUACCCUUGGGAUUUCAAACAUUCCGAGGGCUGAAUAUAAACUAGUUGAUUUUUAUAAAAUUCUGGAUAAAAGGAGUGAGAAGAAUCAGGAUUACAUAAAUCAAUAAAAGGAUUCACAAGAUUUAUUCAUAGCGUGGAUUGUGUGCACAUGUUUUUUCUACAAACUUUUAUAGGUUAGCUUAAAAUUACUGAUAAUAUUAAAUUGGACAUUUGUGCACUUUUUGUUUCAAAUUUGAAGCAGUGGUCACCAUACAUUCAUGUUUCAUAAUCCCUUUUAGGCUAUUUAUGUUAUCUGAAACUGUUGUUAACUUACAGUAAAUGCUAUUUAUAGGUUGCUGCUGCUAGUGGACACAAAGUCAUUGUUGUGGAUAAAACUCAAGACAUUAUUAACAAAGCUGAAAGUUCCAUUAAGAAGAGUCUUGAGAGAAUUGUCAAGAAAAAGUUUCCUGAUGACACUAAGGUAGGGAAGGUCACACAUAUAAAUCUAUAAUUAAUUUUAAUUCAACCAUCUGUUUUUUGACAUUAUUCAGCUAAGUCAGUAGAUACUACUCAGGUUUUAAAAGUAAAUCUGGAUAUUUUAAUUAAAAGUUGUAUGUAAUUAAAGGAUUUUUAAAGUGUUUAUUCAAUGGUGCCAGUUAAACUUCUCUAAUUUUCCCAAGGUGGGUUAGAUUUCAGCAGCUAGAUGUGACAUAAUUAUGUUCUAAUUAUUUCUAAUCUCCUAACCUUGAUUUAUUAUUGUUGGAAACCACUGCUCUAGCAUGAUAUGUCACAUAAGUUCUACCCAAAAUAUGUUUACAAAGACAAUGUUUUUCCCUUCAAAUUCUCCUUCUUAUAAUUUGUUUUAUUAUUAAAGAUAAGAAUGAAAUACCAAAUUCUGAUGUAAUUAGACCAGUAUAUUCAGUUAUUAAAAAUGCAGGUAUAUUAAGACCACUAUAUUCAGAUAAUAAUAAGGCCAGUAUAUUCAGGUAAUAAUAAGACCCGUAUAUUUAGCCCAUUUUCUUAUCAUUGCAACCCUUUUCAGAGAUCUGUAAUUUAUUAUGAUCUGUUAAAAAAUAUUUUCCCAUUCUUGGAGUCUGAAGAGCUAAGGCAUUCCCUUAAUUUAAAAAAAUUAUCAGUUUUUUUUUUUUUUUAAGAUUACAGUUUGCUUAGUUGAAAAAGUUAAUAUACAUUUAAUUUGAUUUCUUCUUCUAUAUCUUAAGGGCCCACGAUCAAUUUAUUGAUCAUUUUGGCUCCUAUGAUUUGGCUCUCAUUUCCAAGAAACUUAACUUUGCUUAAACAAAGAGAUAAAAGAGUUUAAAACUUAAUGUAACUCAAUUUUUCUGAGGCUGUGUGCUAAAUAUAUUCUGUGUGUAAAAAUCUUUAGUCUUGUGUGAGCAAUGACAUGCAAGUUCUCAUAGAGCUCUUUGCUGGUUGGCAAAUGUUAUUGUUAUACCAUAAAUUCUAGUACAAUCAUUUCCGUAAUUUUUUAAUGAUCCCUUUUAAAUGUAAAGUUUGAAUGUAAAUGUUUUAUAAUGAACCUUGCAUUCAAAUUAUUUGUAAUUGUUUCACGUUGCAUUUAAAUGAUGUUUUCAGUUGUUUUGUAAAAAAAAAAUGUGAGGGGGGGGGGGGCAGUGCAAGUCAUUUCUUAUGAUUAGGGGGUACACAGUAUUUAAAAACUUUUAAAAAAAAAAGUGGUUACUAAAGGGUGAUGACUGCAUUUCACGUUGCAUUUAAAUGAUGUUUUCAGUUGUUUUGUAAAAAAAAAAUGUGAGGGGGGGGGGGGGCAGUGCAAGUCAUUUCUUAUGAUUAAGGGGUACACAGUAUUUAAAAACUUUUAAAAAGAAAAGUGGUUACUACAGGGUGAUGACUGCCUAGUAUUUGUCUAAUGCCAAAGGGGGAUAAAUGAGAACCUUCUGUUGAUACUUUUAUUUCUAUUGAUUAUCACACAAGGCUCAGCAAAAGUAUUUAACUGAUGUCUUAGAAAACCUGAGCUUAUCUACUGAUGCUCUGGCAGCAGUGAAAUCUUCUGAUCUGGUGAUUGAGGCUAUAGUGGAGAACUUGGAUGUCAAAAAAGAGUUGUUCUCAGCCUUAGACAAGGCUGCUCCAGAGUGAGUAGAUGCUUCUAUCCAGUUGUAUUAGUGUCUGAAGGGAACCUAAAUACUUUUUUUUAAGGUGACAUUUAGAUUUAAAUGUAUUCAUUGUUUAAUCUUCCCCAUGCCAAGUUGCGCGGGUAAAAAUAAAUUAAACAUUGAAACAUUUUAAAUAAAUUCAAAUAUACGAUAGUUGGCAAAAGAGGAGGAGCGGGGCCAUAAGACUGCAUAAAAAAAAACUAUUUUUCUUUUUCUUCACUGAAAAUUGUUACAUUACUUAAAGACUUGAAGGUUAAAUUUAUGUAAAGUUACUCACUGCCUGUGUAUUUCAAGUUUGUUUCUGGUGACUAGGAUGAAUGCUCAUCAAUGUUUUUUUAAUUCAGGAAAAUCCCCUCACUAAAUGGCUUCUUAGUUUUUAAAUUUAUAUUGAAAUAUUUUAUCUACAUUCUUUUAAUUUAUCCUCAGAAAAACAUUGUUUGCAAGCAAUACCUCUUCCAUCCCAAUUAAAGAAAUUGCCACAGCGACCCAAAGGAAAGACAGAUUUGGAGGUCUCCAUUUCUUUAACCCUGUUCCCCUCAUGAAGUUGUUAGAGGUAAAGUUAGAAAUGUUAUUUUGAAAUUUUCUAUAUUACCACUUGCAACAAAGUUAUGAUAUUUCUUGCGAUUUAAAAAAAAAAAUAGUCACUGGUGAAAGGAUGGGGGAUGAUUCAUGUUAGGGUCCAAGAAGUCAAAAUGGUGCACCUUUGAGUGUUUAUGUCAGUUUACGUUUAGUCAUCCACGUUACUUCUGAGUUAUUUAAACAAUUCAGUUAUGUACUUUCAGGUGAUCAGAAUUCCUGAGACAACAGAUGCUACUUACAAAUCUCUGGAAGCAUUUGGUAAAGCCCUUGGAAAGACAACAGUUCAAUGCAAGGUAUACAAAGUGCUCCCUUUAGGAGAUGUUACCUUUAAAAAGAUUUUUUAAUACAAUCUUAAUGAAUAUGUAUUCCUAAAUACAACCUCUUAGUAAUAUUAUUUUCCACCCUCAGAAUAUCCUGCCUAAAAAUAUUGGUUUAUUUUGUUAUAAUCCUUAUAGAAAUAAUGCUUUCUCUGUACAGGACACACCAGGUUUCAUUGUGAAUCGACUCCUUGUUCCUUAUAUGGCUGAGGCCAUUAGACUUGUUGAGAGAGGUGAAUAUGUUAGAGAUUUACAUUCCGCCUUUAUAUCUUAUGUUUAAAUAUGAGUUGUAGGAUUUGUUCAGGACUGAGUUUUGAAAUCAUGAGCAUUACUAACAAUUGUACAUUUCUGUCUCUCCUUUCAAAACUUUUCAUAUUGCUAUUAACAUUGAUAAUAUGGGUGAUUCAAAUUCAUGUUUUUGACAAUAAAUAAUUUGUAAUAAUAGAGUUAAAUAUGAAAAUUGGGGGCACUUAAAAGAUUGUCUUAUCUGAUCCUUGGGUCUUUUUUGAGCUUAUAAAAUGUUCUUGGUAUUAUUUAGUAAAAUUGGUAAAAUCAAGAGAUGCAUUUUGGAGUAUAUCUGAAUUCAGUAUUUCUAUUAGACUAUUUGAUUGGGGGAGGCAGUGUGUGGGGAGAGGGUUGCGAUAAAAUGGCUGGUGUUGGGAGAGAGUUUGUAAGGGAGGGAGGGGGGGGGAGGAAUUAUUCAAGCGCUUGGGGGGGGGGGGUUGGGGGGGGGGCAUUAUGGCCCCCAGUUUCAAACAUAAACUGAAUUCACUGUGGUGGUAGUGUGUUCCGGAAUAAUCAUUUGGCACAAGUUUAGAGUCAAACCCUUACUUUUACAUUGAUCUGCAUUUUCUAGGUUGAGUUUUUUUCUCCAUAACUUCCUUUCAGGAGAUGCAUCACCUCGAGAUGUAGAUACAGCAAUGAAACUUGGAGCUGGUUAUCCAAUGGGACCAUUUGAACUUCUUGAUUAUGUGGGGCUUGAUACAACUAAAUUCAUAAUUGAUGGUAUAGUUUCUCUAAUGAUUUUUAAUUUUUUAAUAAAUACUCUUAAUAAUUUCUGGGGAACGCAUUGCAAAUUGUAAAGUUCUUUUGUAGCAUAAUGCUUUCUGAUGUGCUAGUGGUAAAAUGGGUGGUGGAUUUAUAAUCUCCUUUUGUGCAUAAAAGACAAAAUAAAAAAUCUACCUUAUUUAUUAUAAAAUAUACAACAAUUAAGCAUUUUUUAUUACUCUAUUUUAAAUUAAUUAAUUUUUUUAUAUAAAAAAUAAAACUUAAAAAUGUGAAUGGUCCAUUCAAUUCCUAUUGUUCUCCCACAAAGGAAUAGAGCAUCAUCAACACAGUAUUUUUGAGUCACAUCAGAGAACAGCACUUAGCAAAUAUUGAUAUGUCUAAAAAAUGAAACAGACAUGUCCAAUGUCUAGGAUCAUAGUGUUGGAACUAAACUAUGGUUGUUCUUGAGAUAAACACUUCUUUUGAUUUCAUGUCACAACUAAUGUUGAUCAUGGGUUGAUAAAAAUUCUGGUGUUAGCCCCCUUUUUCUCAGGAGCUAACAUUGUUUUUUUUAAGCUAUUAAUAACCAAAGAAAAAAAAGAUGUAAAAUCCGUCAUCAGUUAAAAUAAAAAUUCACUUUCCAUGUUGAAUAAUCCAUCAUUUUGUGUGGUUUUUGUGUGCAUAGUCAAAGUUUCUACAGUAGCCCUAUGGUGUUUUUAAGCUUCAAUUGGAUCUUGUAUUUUUACCUCCACAGGCUGGAGCAAAAAGGAGCCUGACAACCCUUUAUUCCAACCAUCCCAGAUGCUAAAUAAAUUGGUGAAAGAAAACAAAUUAGGCAUGAAGAGUGGAGAAGGAUUUUACAAAUAUGACAAGAAAUAGUCAUGGUGAUAUCUAAUAUUGAUGUUAAAUUCCAAAAAAUGUUUAUUGUAUAUAAUCCUAAUUAAAUAAAAUGAAACUUUAAUUUUAAGGGAGGAGUUGAAAGAAAGUUUAUAAAAAAAAUACAAGUUAAAAGAUGUUCUCUCUUUACUACUUAACAUUUUGAUCAAAGAGCAAACAAAAAUAAUUUUUUACUUCAAUAUGGACAAAGAUGCUGGUGCCGAUAUUUUUUUUUUUUUUUUUGCAAGGUUUAGGAGCACUCAAUUUUUGAAGUGAUUUGGACAUUAAUAUUUUCUUUCAAACAACUAAGUUUUUAAUUAUUUUUAAAAGCUGGCAAAUAGUUUGUAAUCCUGUCUUAGUUUCCCAAAAGUUCUUUUACAUGUUUCACAAAAAUUAGGAAAUUUGCAUUCAAAUAUUUUAAUUUUUAAGUUUAAAAAAAUAUUAAAUGUAAAAAGAUGAUAUAAAUAUAAUUGAAUUUUUUGUCCUAAAACUUUGAUGAAAUAUAACUCUGAAAAAGCUGAGCCCUAAUCCGGGGAAAAAAAAACAAUCCGGGUUGUGCUUCCAAACCUUGCUCUUGUUUUUUUUUAUGGUGAUUAUCCUCCAUUUUUGAAAUAUGGAAAAAAAACAAUGGAAAGCUGUGAUUUUUAUUAACUUGUCAUUAAAAUUUAUUGUUAAAGUCAUAUGCAAUAUUUCUCAAUGUUUUUACAGUAAAUUUAAUAUUUCUGAUUGGUCAACCAAGCGACCAACUAGAGGGCACAUUCUUUACUUAAUUGAAUUUAUUAAUGGCUUUUUUAAUUCUCUAUUCAAUCCUAUGUAAAAUCUUGGAUAGGAAUCCUUUCUUGAAAAUUAAGUAUAGGAAUUAGAGUGAGUUUUGUUUUUGGGUGAUAUUUGUGGCAUACUUUUAUAAUCUCUUCUAUUAAAUAGGUACAUUUUUUAUAAUCAAUUCUAAAAUUUAAAUUUGUCAACUGUGUAGCAGUGUUUGUUUUGCUUAGACACUAUGCUAUUUGGUGUCAUGCAGAAGAACAAAAGGAACACUAUUAGCAACAAUAGUUUUUUUCUCUCCUUUUUUUUACAAUUUCCAAACUUAAAUUCUUUGUCUAGUAAUAAAUAAGGCCAUCACAAUUUUAAUUUCUGUUUAUUGGUCAAGUUAUAAUAUAAGAUUUGAUCCAUACCAGAGAUCAAUCUAAAUACAACUCUACAAAUCAGUGUCUCUGGUGACCAUUCAUUUCUGCUGAUGAUUAGUUUUUAGUUACCAAAUGAUUUGCCAGGCAUUGCUUCGAUGUGAACAAAUUUUGUGUUCAAAGAAUAUUAUAUAUUCAAAUAUAACCUUGUGUUUUGUAUGCGCAGAGUCUAAUGAUCUUAAAUGCAAUUUGUAUUAAACCUGAUUUUCUACCGUUAUUGGUGAGUUACCAUUGAUUGCAUGUAACCCUUAUUGGUAUUGGAGAAAUAAACACAAUAAAUGAGUUAAUGUUGUAAUUGUUUAAGUUGUCAUAAGUACAGUUCUUAUUGUUAAUAGUGUCAAUUAUUAUGAUGAGUUGUUCAAGCAUUUCUCACCUUACACUUAAUUACCAUAUUGUUUUGUUUCUUAACAUACUUGAAG